AUGGGCAUCACCACGGUGCUCACCAUGACGACCAUCAACACCCACCUGAGGGAGACGCUCCCCAAGAUCCCGUACGUGAAGGCCAUCGACAUGUACCUGAUGGGGUGCUUCGUCAUGGUCUUCCUCGCCCUGCUGGAGUACGCCUUCGUCAACUACAUCUUCUUCGGCCGCGGGCCGCAGAUGCAGAAGAAGCUGGCGGAGAAGGCGGAGAAGGCCAACAACGAGCGGGCGGCGCAGUACGACUCGGCCCGGGAGGCAGGUAGUCGGGCAGUGUCCCUAAAACGGUCCAAUCAGGUUAGAGGUCUUCGACACUCUCGCUCGGUGAGUGCGGAGUCCCACGGCAACGUGCUGCUGACCACGCUGGAGAUCCACAACGAGGUGGCGGGCGGCGAGAUCACCACCAGCGUGGCGGACAUCAGGAACUCUCAGUCCAUGGUGCAGCUGGACAGCGCCGCCUCCUCGCACAUCCAGUACCGCAAGCAGAGCGGGGGGGUGGGCCCGCGCUCCGCCCGCCGCCACUCCCUGGACCGCGCCGCCGCGCUCAAGCGCAGCCGCCUGCGCCGGCGGUCGUCCCAGCUGAAGAUCAAGAUCCCCGACCUGACGGACGUCAACGCCAUCGACCGCUGGUCGCGGAUCAUCUUCCCCUCGGUGUUCUCCCUGUUCAACCUGGUGUACUGGCUGUACUACGUGUGA